AGUUCAGAAUUCUUCCCCAAAUAGCAGUCGCAGCUCCAAAUUAGGGUUUAACAGAAUGUCGGGAAGAGGCAAGGGCGGCAAAGGACUGGGGAAGGGCGGUGCGAAGCGCCACCGCAAGGUGCUAAGAGAUAACAUCCAGGGGAUAACGAAGCCGGCGAUUCGGCGGCUGGCGCGCCGUGGCGGAGUAAAGCGGAUAAGCGGUCUGAUCUACGAGGAGACUCGCGGCGUGCUGAAGAUUUUCCUGGAGAACGUCAUCCGUGACGCCGUUACCUACACUGAGCACGCUCGCCGGAAGACUGUGACGGCGAUGGACGUCGUCUAUGCUCUGAAAAGGCAAGGCCGAACUCUUUAUGGCUUUGGCGGUUAAGCUUGUGUUUUACAGUAGACCUAGGGGCACUGUAAUUUUUGCUUUAACGAGUUGAAUCAUAUUUGAAAGACAGUAGAUUUUAGCUUCGUUGAUGAAUUGGAAUCAAUUUUUGGAUUUUGUGAAAACGGCAGCUGGAAUGCAAU